GACCGGCUUUGCCUUCGAACCAGCAAGUCCGUCAACACUGAGUGCAAGUCAUCCUGACUACAACACUUUUCAGUAGCCGUGCUGUUGUUUGCUUUCAGCCAGCAGUUACUGUAGCGGUCAGUGAAAGAGCGAAAGCGUUUGCCCGCGGUCACAUUUCAUCGGAUCAUACAUUGUUUAGCAGCUUGUUAGCUAGCCGCCGCCGCCGCCGCCCCCUCCCCAUCCCCCCAAAAACCACAUGGAUCCUCAAAACAGCGACAUGAACACUGAGGCGAAGAUGUUGUUGAACCACGCCAAGAACCUCAGGCUCCACACCGGGAAUUUAGUUAACCGGAGUCGCCUGAAAAAAAAAUGCCCAGGCUCUCCCAGCGAAGAGCUUCAAGACUGCAUUCAAGCCACACUGAGCGACUGGUUUUCCUCGACAAAGUUACCAUCCAAGGACUUUCCAGAUACUCUUGACUGCUCCAUUUCUGAGGGAACAGAUGCUAUCACACCUGAAGAGAGGGAGGAGGUGAAAGUUUCAGUAAAGCUGUUCCUAUGCGAGUCGGUUCAGUCCUCUAUCAGAGAAGCAGUGGAGAUGGCCUGCCAGACGCUGGCAGUGUCCCAGCUGGAUUCUGUUAUCAUAGCGCCUCCUCGGCUCCUGGAGGGUGACAAUCAAACUUUGGCUCAUCUUCAGCCAGCCUGGGAGGAGCUGGAGACCCUGGUCAGGAGCCAGCAGAUCGCUGCCAUUGGCACCUCUGACCUAGACAAAGAUCUGCUGGAACAGCUCUACAACUGGGCUCAGGUGAAACCCAGUAGUAACCAGGUCAACCUGGCCUCCUGCUGUGUGAUGCCUCCUGAUCUUACAGCCUUUGCCAAGGAGUUUGACAUCCAGCUCCUCACACACAACGAUCCCAAAGAGCUGAUGUCAGCAGCCACUUUCCAGGAAGCACUGCAGGAGGGUACACAGAACCUGAACAUCGCUGACUGGAGGCUGGAGUGGGUCCUGCGCUACUCCAUUAUUGUCAAGAGCAGAGGCAUCAUCAAGUCUAAGGGCUACCUUGUCAGUGCGAGGAAAGCGAGCCCCUAGCACACCCCACCAGAAAAGAGGACACAGGGAUGAAGCCAUUUUCCUCCUUUUUCAUUCACAUACACACACACAAACAUCACAACAUGCAAAGUAACAACUCUAAAUACUCUAUGCUGCCAAUCAAAUUAAGUUUUUAAGUCAUUGUUUUGUCUCAGAGAAGGUUGAAUCUUCAUCUGUUUUUUUUUUUCAGUUCAGUAGAUGCCGUUAUUCAUUACCAUUGUUUCAGUGAGAUCAAAAAUAGAGAUAAAUGUGUAAGAUCCACUGUGAGUUUUGAGAGAAAAGAAUUUGAGCGUUUCACGGAUGGUGGCUCUCACCAUGACCAGGACACUGACGGAUCAUCCAUUACUCGACACAGUAGAGGCUGCUUUAAUGAUAGAAAUGUUGGUUGCUAAACAUUUAUAAGGUUUCUUAAUCUUGUUCUGAUAUGAAGUGCCUCUCAUGUUUUGCUCCUUCUAUGCUCACACCUGCUUUGUUUCCACUAUUUGUGACUCAAGCUUGAAAUAUGUAAGUCUGAAUGAAAAUACUGUGAUUGGUAAAGCAAAAGAAAAAUGCAGAAAUCUAUUGUUCUUAGUAUAGAAUUAUUCCAAACAUUCUGAAAGGAGAAAUGGAAACCAUUCUAGUAUGGAAAAAGUCUAUUAUUCAUGCCGUUUCAGUUGUUCCUGCUGUAUGUAAUCUUGCAUUCCACAGUUGAGAAGAGCAAUGCACUAAUUCAAACCCAAAUAGAAAUGUUUAUUUUGUGAUGCAGAUUUAAUUAGACUUUAACUAGUAAAACAACUAUCUGAGUAUAUAUAACUUUAUUUUGUCAUGCUUUUUUUCUAACCAUGCACUGUUUUUGAUGAUGAUUGAAAUGCCCCCCCCCCCCCCACCACCACCACCCCCAUGCUCAUGUGAUUACUUUGAGGGAUGAGAGUAGAGCACUAUUGACAUACAGACUGACACACAGUAAAUAGCAGGCUGAUGUUACCUAUGUGUUGUUAUCAUCGCACUGCAAACUCUUUGUCAAGGACGAGGAAAACUGUUAACUUUAAGGAAGUUUUUAUUUAUGAAUCAUGCUUGUUUUUCCAGAAAAUGUUUGUAAUGUGAACACCAGUGUAAUAUAGUAAUAUGUAGAAUGCAGGCAUGAAUAAAGUAUUAAAAGUUAAAACUUAAACUUAAAACUUAAA